CCAUGGGAACAGCCGCGGCGCCGGGCUAUCGCGCGCCUCGCCCGCCUCGGUCUCCGCCGCUUCCAGGGGCGGCUGGGGUGGGCUGAGCCGGGGCCGCCGCCUUGGCCACCGUUGGGGAGAGGUCGGGCGUGAAGCCGUCACGGUUCCGGGAAGAGCGCGGCCGCCAGGUGGCUCGUCCGCGUGCGGUGCAGGCCAAGGGCGCGCGGCGAUGUGAGCCAUGAGCACGACGUGGACGCUGUCGCCCGAGCCGCUGCCGCCGUCGACGGGGCCUCCGGUGGGCGCGGGUCUGGACGCGGAGCAGCGCACUGUGUUUGCCUUCGUGCUCUGCCUGCUUGUGGUGCUGGUGCUGCUUAUGGUGCGCUGCGUGCGCAUCCUGCUGGACCCCUACAGCCGCAUGCCCGCUUCCUCCUGGACGGACCACAAGGAGGCGCUCGAGCGCGGCCAGUUCGACUACGCGCUGGUGUGAGGGGCGGGGGUCUGCAAGGCUGGACCCGGCCGGCCCCAGCGCGGACGCGGGGCGUUAGGAGCAGGUCCACCCCAACCCCUUCGACCCUGCCCAUCCCCCCUGGCCUGGCUCGAGCCCCGUCUCGUGCCUUUGUCCAUCCCACCCCUUUCUUUCUGCACACCGGGCCCCAACUGCAUCCCCAGCUUCUGAGUGGCGCUGCUGUUGUCACGUGCCAGGUAUGAGUGCAGUGCACCCUUUCUUGGGAGUGGGUAGGUUCUCCCCAAGCCCUGCCCUUUCCCCAUCCCCAUUUUCUGGCCACACCCAGUGUCACCAUGGCUGAGAGUUGAGCCUGUCUUGGCGUCCUGCAGGGCAGGACGCUGCCUUUGGUAAUGCCCUGCACAUCCUGCCCGAGACCUGGAUCUAGAGUACCCACCAUGGCUGCUGCCUCCAGGUCAGCGCGCCCUUCCCCGUGCGCAAUCGGCCCCUGCCUCUUCUCCAGCGCUUCCCACGUCCCUCCACUACCUUUUCACUUUGCCUUGUCCCUGAGAGAUGAUGAUGAUGACAGCAGUGAUAAUAAAAGCUACUAUUGAGCUCUUACUGCAUGCUAAGCCA